AUGCUGCUCAGUGACGAGAAUGCAGCGAUGCUUGCGAAGUAUUACCGAACGGUCCAGCUCACCGGGGAGCAGAAGGACCUCCUUAUAGAGAAGUACUGGGAGGCCAACAAGGAGGAGCGGAGCGAGAUUGCACGUGCCUACUCCGCCCUCUUUGCAACCGAUGCGACAUUCGUGCAGCGACUGAUGGCGUACUAUGACACUCACGUUGCUCUUUUAAAUCGGGGGAAGGCAAACGGUCGCCACGACGGCGGCGGUGAUGAGGGGAGAGAGGAAGGGAACCUGCGCCUGACUCCUCCCCCCAUCGAGGACGACGAGCAGCAACCGCCUCAUCAUCAUCAUCAUCAUCACUCACACAGACGGCUAUCACGGGGCACCAAAUCAGGAGGCGCUGCACCCCUUUCGCACGCACAGUUGCUGCUUCGCACAGCAAUUCAGGAUCAGUACCCGAAACUCACAGGGGAUGGCCCGUUUCCGAUUUCUUUUGGAAUCGUGCAGACGGAGGAGGAACGCCGCGAGGCCGUUGGUUUGUAUUCAACGCAGUUUCAGUAUCCAGAUCCACCGGAGUUGCAGCGGUUGGUUAUUCUCCCACAAUCUCACUCGACGCGUACCCGACGACGUGCAAAGGGUGACUACACGUGGUAUAUUCGUUCGCAGACAUCCAAAGAGAUGGUCUGCGCGGCUACCAUAAAGGCCCAUCAUUAUGACACUCAGCGUUUUGUGGAGGUUCCGUUGUUUGCAACGGGUGUUGGGUACAAGAAAAUGGGGUUUGGACGUCUGUUGAAUGCUGCGCUUCUGGAGUGGUGUGUUGAAGCCGGGUUUGAGUUUGUGAUGAUUUCUGCCGAUGUGCAGGCCAUUCCAUUCUGGUCACACCUGGGGUAUGCAACGAUGUCAAAGAGUGAACUCACACGCAUUGCCUUUUAUUACGAGCACAACUGCUACAAGUUUAAGGGUGCGGAGGCAAUGAUCCGCUACUUAAAGGCACAGCCCCUGCACAGCGUGCAGGCCUCUCUGGAACGGAUGCCAAAGAUUGUUGUCAUGGGCCCCCUUAGUCUACCAAAUCCAUGA